AUAAUCUUUUGAAUCUCUCUCUCCCACAUGACUGAAUAGUCUUUUCAAAUUCCAUAUCUCAUCCAAUUCAUACCUAUCCGCUCCCCGCCUCCAUCAAAGAAAUCUGCUCUCUCUCCCUCUCCGGCACAGAAAGUAGCCAUGACAAUCAGCAUUCAGUCCUUCCAUCUGACAUACCACUCCUACCAACUCUACGACGUCAACUUCUUCGACGACACCGUCAAAACCCUAGUCACCGACACCCCCUGCAUCGUCGACACCUGGAUCUCCGACAUCGAACGCCUCCACCACCACCGCCUCAACAACCUCAUCGUCGGCCUCGACAUCGAGUGGCGCCCCAACUUCAACAACAACUACAACUCCACCAACCCCGCCGCGCUUCUCCAGCUCUGCGUCGGCCGCAACUGCCUCAUCUUCCAGCUCAUCUUCGCCCCCCACAUGCCCCAGUCCCUCGUGAACUUCCUCGCCGACGAAGAUUACACCUUUGUCGGCGUUGGAAUCGAAAAAGACGUUGAUAAGUUGAGGGAGGAUCAUGGGCUGGAAGUGAGGAACACGGUGGACCUGGGGUGGUUGGCCGCGAGGGAGUUGCGCAACAGGCAGCUUCACAACGCGGGGUUGGUGACAUUGGCGAGGGAGGUUCUGGGGAAGCAGUUUGUGAAGCCUAGGAACGUCACGCUGAGUGAUUGGAACGAUGAUUGGCUCAGUGAGGAUCAGAUUCAGUACGCUUGUGUUGAUGCUUUUGUUUCGUUCGAGAUCGGAAGGAGUUUGGAUGCUGCUAGUGUUUAGCUAAUAAUAAGGUACCCUAAAUGCUUGACCAUGUCUAAGUACCACAUUUUGGAUACUAGGUAAAGUGUCACCAUUCCAUUCGUAGAAUUUGGAUUUCGUGAUGUGGGUUUUGGCUUUUAUUAGGUUGUCUAUAUCUUGUCAUUGAAAGUCCAUGGUCGGUGGUACUAAAUCACCAUUUCAGAGUUCACACUUUACAGUUUAUAUCAUCGUUGGUUUUGGGUUGAAGCUGUUUGAUGGAGGACUUUGGGGGAACUCGAGGGUGUUGUAUCUAUCCGGGGCAUCAAUUUUGGCAACAGAUGGCUCAGAUUUCAUCUCAGUUGUCCAUCCGUUCAUUGUCGAGAUGAAAUCUGAGUCGUCUAUUGCCGAAAUUGGACGGUCCGGAUGAGACAACAAGGUUGGGAUGGUAAAUUGUUUUGCUUGCAUCCGGUUUUCUAUACCCCUAUUCAUGAAUGUCCAUUUUGGGUGGUAUAUUAAGUUAUUUAAACUUUGUGUUUGGGGAACUCUGCAAUGUGUUUUAUUUGGGCAUAUAAUAUGCACUGUACCAGGUUAUGACCCCAAAUAGUUUUGUACUUUUCCUAUAUAUAUCAGAGAUUUGUUCUCAUAUGUUUUGAAGUUAGAGCCUUAGUUGCAAUUCUUGCGAAUGUCAGUGCAUGUUGUUGGAAUAUUAAACUUAAAUUAUUAUUGGUCUAUGUGUGAGUGUGCAAGAGAAAGGGACAAGGCGAGAGAGCUAGCUGGUACAUGUGAGUGGGUUUUGGCUUGUGAUUUGGCUGUGAGACAAAGAGACAAGAUGAUAGUGCAAGAGUGAAGAGAGGGGCCUAGUCCAUCUGUAUUUUUCAGUGAGUUUAAUUGUGAUGGUUGAUUUAUGCAUAAGUAAAUGUGCAUGUUUGUGUGUAAUGGUUUUGGCUCUGUUGGGUAAAUUGAGAAAAGAGAGCAGAGGAGAG